GGCUGAAUGCAUAGCCCUUGAAGUCAGCGUGCUGGCCAUCAUGCUUCGAACGUUGUUUGGAGUUCCGCCAAAGAGUGGGACGCCCAUUCCCUUCUCACACCACUUCUCAGUGUACCCCGCCGUUUCUUUCAUAACCAUCUAAAUCUACAACCACUCGUCAUGACUGAAUAUCAUAGGCCAGAUAUCGAUCCUUCUUCAGGAACUCUUAGAUCCAAUCAGGUAAAUGUUACUGAAAGCUCGGACCAACCUCGUAGAGGAUCUGCUCAGUUCCUGCAGAAAUUGAAGAAUGGGUUAACCAAAAAGCUUCCUAAACGCUCCAAGCGAACAUGCAAACCCCCCACUGCGGUCCACGACGUCAGAAAUGAAGGGGCUUCAUCGAGUCAGCAAGUAGAGGACACGUUGCAUCUCGAUCCUUCCAACGACAACAAGCAUCCAACCACAUCUGAGAUUCCCAGUGACUCCGUGAAUAAAGGGCUGUCCGGAGAGCCUGCUCCACAGGUUCAGGCUGCUUCUUCCGGCGAGGAAGUGAGACCUGAUCCCAAAUUAGUUGACGCCGAACUUCAGGGUGCAUGUGAUGGUGCACAAAGCAUGCGAUCAUUCGGGAAACAUGCGACUGCUAUGGCAUCCGCCGUCGACAAUGCCCCAGCGGAUCUUACUGCCGCAGAUGAUUUUGAGACGAUGUAUCUCCAACCCCUCAAGAUUAUUGAUGCUGUCCUUGAGAAGAUUACAGACGUACAUCCGUACGCAAAGAUGGCGCUGGGCGUGCUAUCUGCUGCAUCCAAGAUCAUAAUCGCGCAGGCACAGCGCGACGUUGAAAUGCAUGAUUUUGAAAAAACGGGAAGGUUUUACCAUACUUCUUGCCCCAUACAGUGAAUGUGAGCCAGGGCUUGACAUGAGGCAUGUCUCGAAGGUUCCCAACCAGAGGCAGGCCCCGAGGACCAGGAGGAUAUGGUGCGCGAUUCUUCUUGG